GCUCGCGUUCAUUAAACUUCGCGUGUGCUUUAUUCAGCCUGGGCAGCGUGAGGUUGCAACGCUGGGAAGGGCAGGUGGUGUGAACUCAGCACCCGCUCUGUUACUGUGCUUCCCCUUACUGCUGUGGAAAUUGUCCCCCUCCCCCUUCCCAACAAUAACUGAUGGAGUGGUUGUAGAUUUGUGUGGAUACAAGGUCUCAACGUAGUUUACCAGAUAUUCUGCCAGAUAGCUUCUGAUUACUUCGAACAGUAGCGUGAACAAAUUAGGCUACAUUAUGAAGAUGACAAUGUGUAUUUUUAAGCGUGUUCUGCUUGCACAUGUGUAUUUGCAGUAACCAUCCUCUUGUGUUUUCUGGUUACUUAUUCACCUUAGCAGAAGCCCAUUUUAGAACUUUAAUGGAAAACUGAAGAAAGGGAAACUUCUGUUUUACUUUGUUGGUCAUUAAAUUCAAAUACAGGUUUUUUUAGGGAUUUGGUUUAUUUUUUAAUUCUUCUUAACUAUUUUUUUUUUAAAUCCAUUUGCAAUAUCAAAAUUACUCAACUUACCACUGAAACCCGAUUUCUUUCUUCAGCAGAUUAUAAGGGGAAGGUAUGUUUUUUACACCCGGUCUUACAUUUUUGGAUAGCUUACAGCUCAGGUGGUUCCCCGACACUAAUACUGCAGCACAUCAUGCUCCACAGGCAGAUACCUGUGACACCGCAGCCCCUCCGUGUCUUCAUCUGGGUUCCCGCCAAAAGUGUCCAGAGGCCUGUGUUGCAGCUGGAGUUUGUGUGCUUAGCUGUGUGCUUUACACUGGGCACAAAGUCACUCAGUUAAUUAUACAAGCAGCUUUUUUACUGCUGUCAGAAUGAGGCCUUGUACCUGUGGUCUAGUUUCUUCUACGUAGCUUUUCACUUGAUUAUUCACUGCUUGGUGAUUGGUCUCUGGUUUAUAUAAAAGUAUCUGGUAUUCCCAGAAGCUUUGAUUACCUCUGCAAGACAAGAACGUAACUGCAUGCAGUAGGAUGAGUUAAUUUCAUGGAAUAUUUUUCUGAUAUGAAUGAUUGAAAAGGAAAUCAGACAUGGGUCAGAGCAACAGCAGAUGAGGGUAAAAAACUCUGAAGUCUGUCUUCAGUGCUAUCAUGUGAGCUAGCGUGGCCAUUGUGUGAUUGCAUUUACCAGAUAGAGUGGGUGGCAUAAUGUCAUUUAUUUAAAAAACUCUUGGGAAAUACAGUUGAGAUUUGUGAGUUUUGAAGCCUACGAGUGAGAAGCAGUAUGUGUCUGCAAAGCAGAAUUGUUAGAGCCAUUUUGGGGCAGUUCUUCCUUUCUUACGCUUUCAGUAAAGUACGGAGGGGGGGGGAAAAAAGGACCACAUGAGAAUUUGUAACAAGGUGCAGAUACUAAUGCAAGGUGGUCCUCUUUUUUUGCACUUGCAUGUUGAGGUGUGAGUUUAUUUGAUAGACAAUACAUUACCUGUUCCUGUUUAUUUCAAAGCAUAGCAGGUCAUUGUGCUGAACAUAGGAAAGACACAUGACAAAUCAGAAAUGUUGUGAUGUGGAAAACAGAAGUACUUGCUGCAAAAAUGAAAAUUGCCCUAAUGCAGAUAAUAGCUGUAAUGUAGUGUCCUUACCAACUACGCGAGGUGUGUUUGAGGGACCUUUACGUUUUCUCCCCAUCACCUUGAACAACAUUUAUGCUACUAUGAUUUCUCCGCCCCUUUGUUGCUAUUCUCGUCUGAUGGCCCCUAAAACAAGACUGAUGUUGCUGCUUCUGUAAUACUGCAUGUCAUCAGUCUGUUAUUUGUGAAGAAUGUGACACAGGAAAGUCCUAGAAAGAGAAUGCCUUUGACAAGCAGGUCACACAGCAGUAUUGCUCAUCUUGCUGCAGUGUCCCCUGCAUAUCUGAACCAUUGACCAAGAAGACUAUUUGUUAAUUCAGCCAUAUUUAGGAUUAAAGUCUUGUCAGGAAACAACCUAUCUAAAAAUAACUGGACAUACACCUCUUGAAAUAGUGCAGAGCAUCCUCAGUACAUCUUGGUUAAAAAGCAAAACAGAACAAUUUUUUACAUCAGCCUACAAUGUGCUUUCUGUGGCUUGUUUUGCACAAUUGUACUCUGGGUUUCCCUAAAUACCUGUUGCAUUGUCAGUGCUUUCAGAAAAAGAACUUUUGGGAAAUUCCCUGAAUUGCUGCUUGUGCUCAGCACUGGACUUUUGUAUAAAUGCUUUAUUAUAUGAGUUUAGUCCCCAAAAGCUGUAGCUGAGAAAGGCCUAGCCUGUGCCACAGACAAUGCUGGCCCCUUAUUGGGGCAGUGGGUAUUAGGAGGGAUCGUGCUGUUGACAUUAGGUGGAGUUGGGGAAGGUAGGGCUUGGAAUGGGCUGUGGGGGAAUGCUAGGGUGGCCAGACUUGGUGGCCAAAAUCCUUCUUAGGCUGCUGCUUAGAUGACGGAGCAGCAGGAGGCAAGAGCCUCAGCGACCAGGUGCCCCUUUAUAUUCCCAUCAGUUGACUUCCUGGCUGUCCACCCAGCACAUCUCUGUGUGGUGGUGGACUGUCCUUUGCUAACUGGGAGUAUCCUGCCGAUUGGUGAAGGAACCUGUUUGCUGCUUGUGGUGGAGGCUUGAGGGAGAGUGGAGCAUGGGUGCAGCUGGCUGCUGCUUAUCAGACACGGCUUCCUGGCAUGUGCAGGUGCCAUUGUAGCUUUAGCAUCGGAUUUGACACAAGUACAGAGUCCUUCCUGAAACGGUGAAAGGGGUUGUGUGGGACAGGGACUUCACUUGCGCUGAGAAGUCAGUAGAGCUGGUACCUGUGCAGAAGUAGCUGCUGCUCCAGGCUCCAGCCUGAAGCAUAUCCAUGGCCCAGCCAGGCAGAGCGCCUGAAGCAUCAGUGGUCAAGAAUAAACUUGUUAACGGGAAGUCCUGCUUCUACACUGAUGCUGAGUAACGGCCAUGCUUGUUUGAAAAAUGGCUGAAGAUGGCAGUGAUGAGACUAUGUUUAUUUGGUGUGAGGACUGUGGGCAGUACCAUGAUUCAGAGUGUCCAGAACUGGGCCCAGUGGUGACAGUCAAAGACUCCUUUGUAUUGAGCAGGGCAAGAUCAUCUCUGCCUUCUAAUUUGGAGAUAAGGCAAUUGGAAGAUGGGACCGAAGGAGUGUUUGCUCUCACUCAGCUAGUGAAGCGUACCCAGUUUGGCCCAUUUGAAUCCAAGAGAGUUGCCAAGCUGGAAAAAGAAUCAGUUUUCCCCCUAAAGGUGUUCCAGAAGGAUGGGCCCCUGGUAUAUUUUGACACCUCAAAUGAAGAUGAUUGCAACUGGAUGAUGAUGGUGCGACCAGCCACCGAAUACGAGCAUCAAAACUUAACUGCCUUCCAGCAUGACAAUGAUAUUUACUUCACCACCUCCCAGGACAUCCCACCAGGAACUGAGCUGCGAGUGUGGUAUGCAGCUUUUUACGCCAAAAAAAUGGAAAAGCCAGUGCUGAAGCAGGUCACUAGUAUUGCCAAUGAUAUGUGCUUGGUAGUGACAGAGUCUGAUAAAGAGGGGAAUAAAAUCUCUUCAAAACCUUCGUCUGCUGUCUUCCCCCAUAAAAAACCGAAGAAAUCCAGCAUACCAGCAGCCGAUCCAGCAGUGAACGCUUCGGAAGGCAGUGGAGCUGCAGAAGCAGAGUCCAGCCAGUGGAUGUGUAAAGUGUGUUCAUCUGCUUUCCAAGAGCCUCAGCUGCUGACAGAGCACUUACUGAGUCACCUGGAACAAGCUAAAGGUGCCCCCCAAACCAGCCAAAAUGAGGCUGUUGCAGAGAAAGCUGUAGAGGGUCCCCCUGUGGAUCAGCCAGUGAUUUGUGAUGCAGCCAGUGCCAGUGCAGAUACAGACUCAAGGAGGAAGGCCAGGCGGGGAAGAAAGCCCAAAACAGCAAAAGCGGAAGCACCUCUUGUCGUUGCUGAAGAGAAAGAUUCUGCAGUGGAACGUGUAGCAGAUGUUGUAACUGAGGUCCCACCAGAAGAGGUGGCCCUGCCUUCAGCUGCAGAAGAGAGGAUUAUGGAAUUGGUUUUAGGAAAGAUGCCUAGCACCACAAAUAGCAUCAGUUCAGUGACAAAUAGGUUUGCUCAUCACCAAAACACCAUGUCCCUCAAAAGAAGUUUAAUUCUCUCCAGUAGACAUGGUAUACGGCGGAAGCUGAUAAAACAACUUGGGGAGCAUAAGCGAGUCUACCAGUGCAGUAUCUGCAGUAAGAUCUUCCAGAACAGCAGCAACCUCAGCAGGCACAUCCGUUCUCACGGUGACAAACUAUUUAAAUGUGAGGAAUGCGCAAAGCUGUUCAGCCGUAAAGAGAGCUUGAAGCAGCAUGUUUCAUACAAGCACAGCAGGAAUGAAGUUGACAGUGAGUACAGAUACAAGUGCAGCACAUGUGAAAAGGCCUUUCGGAUAGAAAGUGCAUUGGAAUUCCAUAACUGCAGGACAGAUGACAAGACAUUCCAGUGUGAGAUGUGUUUCAGAUUCUUUUCUACAAACAGUAAUCUUUCAAAACACAAGAAAAAACAUGGGGAUAAGAAGUUUGCAUGUGAAAUCUGCAAUAAGAUGUUCUACCGGAAGGAUGUCAUGCUAGACCAUCAAAGACGACACUUGGAAGGGGUGAGGCGUGUGAAAAGAGAAGACUUUGAGCACAACACGGAAAACAUGGUGCGCUACAAAAAGGAGCCUUCGGGAUGCCCUGUGUGUGGGAAGGUGUUUUCAUGUAGGAGCAAUAUGAACAAACAUCUUUUAACACAUGGAGACAAGAAAUACACUUGUGAAAUCUGCGGACGUAAAUUUUUCAGGGUGGAUGUGUUGAGAGAUCACAUUCAUGUCCAUUUUAAGGACAUAGCACUAAUGGAUGAUCACCAGAGAGAAGAAUUCAUUGGUAAAAUUGGAAUCUCAUCAGAGGAAAAUGAUGACAACUCUGAUGAAAGUGCAGAUUCUGAGCCUCACAAGUAUAGCUGCAAAAGGUGCCAGUUGACUUUUGGCAGAGGGAAGGAGUACCUGAAGCACAUAAUGGACGUGCACAAGGAGAAAGGCUAUGGCUGUAGUAUUUGUAACCGACGUUUUGCCUUGAAGGCAACUUACCAUGCACACAUGGUCAUUCAUCGGGAGAACCUGCCUGAUCCUAACGUGCAGAAGUACAUCCAUCCAUGUGAAAUCUGUGGAAGGAUUUUUAACAGUAUAGGAAAUCUGGAAAGACAUAAGCUUAUACAUACAGGUGUAAAAAGUCAUGCUUGUGAGCAAUGUGGCAAAUCAUUUGCUAGAAAAGACAUGUUAAAAGAACAUAUGCGAGUCCAUGAUAAUAUCCGAGAAUACUUGUGUGCAGAGUGUGGCAAAGGAAUGAAGACAAAACAUGCACUUCGUCACCACAUGAAACUUCAUAAAGGGAUUAAAGAAUAUGAAUGCAAGGAAUGUCACCGAAAAUUUGCACAGAAAGUGAACAUGCUGAAGCAUUACAAAAGACAUACGGGAAUCAAAGAUUUCAUGUGUGAGCUGUGUGGCAAGACGUUUAGUGAGAGAAAUACAAUGGAGACUCAUAAGUUGAUUCAUACAGUAGGAAAACAGUGGACAUGUUCAGUCUGUGAUAAGAAGUAUGUCACUGAUUACAUGCUACAGAAGCACAUCCAGCUCACUCAUGAUAAGGUGGAAGCCCAGAGCUGUCAGUUGUGUGGGACAAAGGUUUCUACCAGAGCAUCUAUGAGUCGACACAUGAGGCGUAAACAUCCAGAGAUUCUUUCGGUGAGGAUUGACGAUUUAGAGCAGCUGCCAGAGACGACGACCAUUGAUGCCUCCUCAAUUGGGAUUGUUCAGCCGGAAUUAGCCUUGGAACAAGGAGAAUUACCAGAAGGGAAACAGCAUAUGAAAGCUCCUAAACGUGGCCAGAAACGAAAACAAAAGUCAGGUGAGGAGGAGGAAACUCAAGUGCCUGAGGACCCUGCCUUCAGUGAAUACACAGAGAAGGAAGGUGACUUCACAGGGAAUGUUGGAGAUGAGACUAACUCAGCUGUACAGAGCAUCCAGCAGGUGGUGGUGACCCUUGGCGACCCAAAUGUCACAGCCCCUUCCAGUUCCGUUGGGCUGACAAAUAUCACUGUUACCCCCAUUACAACAGCAGCUGGAACCCAAUUCACAAACCUCCAGCCAGUGGCUGUGGGCCAUCUGACUGCACCUGAACGUCAGUUACAGCUGGACAACUCAAUUCUCACCGUCACGUUUGACACUGUCAGUGGUUCUGCCAUGCUGCACAACCGCCAAAAUGACAUUCAGAUCCAGCCGCAGCCAGAGGCAGCCAAUCCUCAGUCUGUGGCCCAUUUUAUAAACCUGACCACCUUGGUGAACUCCAUUGCUCCUCUAGGGAACCAGAUAACAGAACAGCAUCCUCUGACAUGGAGGUCAGUGCCUCAGACUGAUGUCUUGCAGCCCCAGGCACAGCCAACGCCACAGCAGUCAGGACAGCAACAGGUUCAAACAGAGCAACAACAACAGAUGUAUAGCUACUAAUUUAUACUUCAAAAAGUUUUGAAAUGGACAGUACUUAGAGACAAAACCACACAGAUGUUUGGAAAAUUUCUAAUAGGAUUGUUUGCUGGAUACCAAACAGAGAUGGGAAAAUGUUUAUAUAAAGAAAUGUAAGCUAAAAUUGGCAUAGCACCCUGCAACACCCUAAUCUUGAGAUUCUUGUGCUGUCUCCAGAUCUUGCACUGUCUUUAAAAAAAAAAAAAAAAAAAGGGAAAAAAAUCUCACCAUAAAUUUAGCACCCCUUUGCACUGUGUAUUUUGUGCAGUAAGAUUGAGAUUUGACAGGAGCAUCAUAAUUUUAACCAAAGCAGGGAAAUCCUAAAUAUUACAGCACCGGUGAUUUACAAAACCCUUUCAACCGUACCAUGUCACUUCUUUCAAGUCUGGAAAUUACAUAUAAAGACCUUGUUCACAGCGAGGUGGAAUGCACCUGUGGUCAGCUGGUAGAGACUGAAAUGUAAAGGCACAAAUGGGCAAAAAGAUAAUUGUCUUGGGUUUUAUCUUCUUUAGGUCUUGUAUCUAACAACAUUGGUAAAGUAGGUGGAGGUUGGGGCUUUGGGGUGGGGAUGUGUGUGGUGUGGAAGAAAACACACCAAUUUCACAAACUAUUUCCAUUUUAGUCAUGGGAAAAACCCUGUACCCAUAACACAGUGUUAGUGCUACUUGAAUCAGCUGGUCUAAUGCUAAAGCAACUUUUAUGGUCUUCUAGUCAAGUUUGAAUCAAACCAGUUAUGAACUGAAAAAAAGAAUGUGAUACAGUUUUAUGUAAUUUUUCAAAACUGCUCUUUCAAUCUUGCUUUUAGCUAUUAGGCCUGAAGAGCAAUCAGUCCCCUUUGAUCAAGUUCAGGAUGUGAAUUUUUUUCAAUUAGUCUUCUUUCAUCGUGUAAUAAACAUUUGAGAAAGCAUUCUUUUUAUUUAUAUAUAUAUACAUAUAUAUGCAUAUAUAUAUAUAGCCUUUGUACUUUACUGUGUGUUCCUGGUGAGUAUUUGUGCAAAAAACACUGUUAUCAAUAUGAUUUAUUAAUUUUUUCACCCCCAUAUUUCCCUUUCUCACAGGAAUAACAUACGGAUUCUAUUCCUUCAGUUCCCAAAAUUUCCAAAAUUCAUAGCCACACACAAGGUUGUGUGAAGUGCAAGAAAAAAGAAUGUUUGAAGCAUAUUCUGCCACACGGAGGCAGUAUGCCCUAGUGUAUAAUGGGCAAGGUUUGCAUGACUGUUGGGAAUAUAAAUAGUGGGUCGGGUCGAAUACAUCAUUGCUGAUACUAUGCUUUCAUUCCAUUCUCCAUACAUUGAUGUGCAGUCUAGACUUUUGCACGUCACGAAGACAGUAUCAUUCCCACAGAGGAAAGCAGCUGAUAUAAAAAAAGAAUAAACUAUAAAAAAUGUUGCUGCCUGGAAUCUUGAAAGGGAAAUCUGUCCUUCCAGCUGCGGCUGAAGAGCAAGGUCCUUUGGGGCAGCAGACUGAGCCACAGAACCGUGCUGAAGGUUUUUGCUGAGGAUAAAGCAGCUGCUGUGUUUGACAGUGAAGAUAGAUUGAUGGUUGUCAAAAUCCUGCUUGUGCCUAUGGUAUUUAUGAAUAUGUUCUGUAUUAGCAAAAAUAUGAGUAGGAACGAGUUCAGCUUUGAAAGUCUUUAUUAACAUGGACUACUUGACCCCUAAAGGAUGCCUUAUAAUCUCUACAACAAAUUUCUCCAAAGUAUAAAUGUCUGGAUAUUAAAGUUAACCUCCAAUGGUUUUCUUGGUCCCAUAGCAGUGUCUACAGGCUCACUGUGCUAGGCUCUCUGUAAAGCUGGGUUGCAACAGGACCUGUAUAGGCCGGGGGCUUCUGGUGACGUAUUUUUUAUGUCAGAGGAGAACUACUUUUCUGUAAAUGUCAACAAGCCUGUAAAAUGUCUGCAUGAGAGGCACCUAUAUUAGAUGGGACAAUAAUGUAUGUCAGAAAGAGAAAAUAUCUCACCAGUGUGGGAAAGAGAAUUUGUCAUUCCCUAGCUCCUUCUGUCUUCCUCAGAUCCUUUUCACACAAUACUGUGAGAUUCUGUAAUUUUCUCAGCCUCCCAAUAUCCUGAGAAAUAGUUUUAUGCCACUCAUCACCUGGAUUAUUUCACCACUGGGCUGAGAAACAGUUAAGUUUCUUCUCAGCUGCCCUGUCUGCAAAUGCUUCCCCUUCACACCAAACCCACAGGUAAAGAGGAAGCUAGGUUUGAUUUAUGAAAUACACUGUUUAUGUACCUGAAAGUACUUGAACUCCACUCACCCACCCACCCACCCCCAGUGCUUGGUGCCUAAUUAGUAAAGGUAUGUUAUCUUUCGGCAGGGCACUUUGGAGAGGGGAAAAAAAAAAAACGGCAGGGAGAGGAAAACAGAGAGGUCCCUAGGUCAAUUUGUUAUAGUAAAUAGAAAAUGGCUAACAUCUAAAAAAAUACUUUUUAAAAUAUAUAUAUAUAUGUACACACACAUAUGGAGGGUUACAGUGCUAUGUAUAGUUUCUACAAGAUGAGGGUUUUGUUUAGACAUGUAAAUGGCGAUUAAGCUUUUAAGUGGGGAGGAAGAGGGGUUUUGCCUUAGCUGCAGAGGGAAUACAUCUGUUCUACAUUGACCCUACUGAUAGUAGCUUUCAUGAUGCAUCAGAUCAACCUCAGCCAUUUUAACAUGUAAAUGCCUAUUUAAUAAGAAUUGCACAUGGUGGUAAUCAACCAUUAUAGAGACCUCUCUGACUUCACAAAAUCUCUUUAUCAUAAUGUGAUCUUCAGGUAUACUGUAUUGUUACGUUGACUAGCAUCCCUCCCACUCUAACUGGUCUACAUAAUCCCAUCCAGGCAAGUCCAGCAUCUUGCCUUUCUGGUAAUGAUUGAUUCUAGCUGAUUUAAAAAGGAAUGAUCACACAAUAAAUGUUUGCGUAUCGGUGGUCACAUAGAAAAGAAACAUCUUUUUUCAGUCUCUGUAUCCCCAAAAUCAGAAUUGUGGAACAGCCCAGGUUGGAAGGGACCUCAAAAAAUCAUCUGGUCCAGCCUUUUUUGGGAAAGGGAGCCUAGAGGAGGUUAUCUAGCACCCUGUCCAACUGCAUCUUAAAACCCACCAGUGACAGGGACUCUACCAUGUCCCUGGGAAAGUUCGUUCAGUGGAUGAUUUACAGUUCUUACUGUAAAAAUUAUCUUAAGUAAUACUCUGUUUCAGGAGGGAAAAAAUAUAACCACUGGAAGGGCUUUGACUAGGCCAGGCAACAGAAAGUUCUCUAAAAGCUAUUCUUCCCAGAGCCCUCCCAGAAAUGAUCUUGACUUUCUCUGCAACCAUUGCUAUGAUACCACAUCAUCUCUCAGCAUGAUUUUAGUAUUAUUAUUACUGUUCUUAACAUCCCUAUGAGGACACAACUGUAUCUUGGGUGUACUGCAGCAUGAAAAAUUUUGAAGCAAAUUAUUUUGUUUCAAACAAAUUACUUUGUUUGGAGAUGUUGGAAAUUGAUGCCUUUUCAGACAGAGCUUACCUUGGACAAGUAGUGACUGCCAGCUGCUCUCCCAGCUAAGCCUUUUUCAGAUGAAUACCAAAGUUAUACUGAUGCCGUUUCAAACUGCACAAGAAAUAAAAACAAUGUAAGGGAUGUGCAAUCUAAAUUUCGUUUGCCAAUUUGUUACUAUAUAGGAUGUGAAGGUUAUUGUUUUCAGCCAUGUGUUGGAGAUUUUGCAUAACAACUGUUCAGUAACAAACUGGAAUUACUUUGAGCCAAAGGAGUGAUGUUGUGUAGUGUUCUGUGUAUUGUCAUUGUUUAUUGCUGAGACUAUUUAAUCGAAUGCUGUCUGUGGCACAUGGGCUCUGAAGUAAAGGAGCAUCAAGGUACAGAACCCUUUCUCUACCAGUGUUAUUCUUUUCUUAACUAAUGCAUUAAGCUGCUUUUUUUUUUUCCCCAAAUCAUGUAGACUUGCUUCAAAAGCAAUAAGCUUAAUCAUGAUCUUAUAGAACUUUGUACAUACCACAAUAUAUAGAAACAUGGGGUAGCAUUUUAAAAUAUUUAUUCUAUAGCUUGUUACUGGGUAAUAACAAAAAGCAGAGAAGAUUGAGUCUUUCUUGGCUAUGGUCUAUGGUGAGUUCUCUCAGGAAAACCUACCGUAUCAAGUGCUGUUACGCUCUGUAAAAUUAAAAUCUUCUUUUUAGA